AUGGGCGGCUCCGCUGGCAAAGUAGCCUCUACUCCUGACAAGAAACCGUCGCGGUACGGUUCUAUGGACACUAAAUCAUUGCACUCCUACAAAGAGUCAGUCAACCUCAUCGUCGGCGCGGAGAAGGAGCAGUACACCAUGCACAAAGAAUUGCUCUGCUUCUACUCAGACUUCUUUCGCGCAGCCUUUAACGGCUCUUUCAAGGAAGCAACCGAACGCAAGAUCGAACUGCCUGAUGUAGAGGUGGAGGUCUUCGAGACUUUCCAAGUCUGGAUCUACACGCAGGACUUGCCUGAGAAUGGAGUCAAUCCAAGCAAGGCGUAUCGCGAAUGGCCACUUCUAGUCAAGCUUUGGAUCUUCGGUGACAAGUACCAGAUACCACUCCUUCAGAACAAUGCUAUGAAUACUAUGCUCAAAAAAGUGGACAAAGACAACGAGACCUGUCUCUACGUCUUGCAUCUAGCAUACGAGAACACUACCUCCAACUCUCCUCUUCGGAAGGCCAUUGCCGACGUCAUGGCCUGCAGGGGCAAGAUGGACGUGGACAAGCCCAUUGUGGAAAAUUGCUUCAUGAGUUUGUACUGGGCUUUGCAAGCCUGCCUCGAUGUUAUGGGGGCAAUGAAAAGUGGUUGGGCAAUCAAUGCUUCGAGGACUGUCAUGCCUGCGAGGGAAAGUUGUUACUACCAUACCAUUGUCACCGUUGAAGUCGGUGCUGAGAAGAAAGCCUUCCUGGUUCACAAAGACCUUCUUGUCUUCUACUCCGACUACUUCCAUGGCGCCUUCAACGGCUCUUUCGUCGAGGCUACUGAAGGCAAAUUAUCGCUUGCAUGCGAACGUGUUGACGUGUUCAGCGUUAUCAAUCAGUUCAUCUAUACGCGUCGCCUUUCUGACNGAAGCAGAUCUGACCUUGGUUGGGACCUUCUCGUCAGUGUCUGGAUCUUUGGCGAUAAACAUUUGAUGCCAUCUUUACAGAAUGUGGUCAUGAAUGCAUUGGUUGCCAAAAACGCGAAGCUUGAUAUCACACCCAUCAAGGAGCUGAAACUCAUUUACCGCAGCACUGUCCCUGGUUCUNCUCUGCGCAAGUUCGUAUUGAACUUGACAGCUUACAAAUUUCGUGACAUGGUCCGCUUCAUGAAAGGGAACGACAAGGAUGGGCGCUGGCCAUACGAAGCACUAGUGGAGUUGGUGAAAGUCUUGGGAGGCAAGAAGAGAGAGCACGUCGGCAUAUAUCGGUUGCCAGAGGCGUACAGAGCUGAGUGCUACUACCACGUACACCCACGUGGCGAAACUUGCUGUCCAGAAGCGGAGGCCAAGCAAGACAGAUGA